AUUUCUUUGUUCUCUCUUUAAUAAUCAUCUUUCCCUCUAAAGCAAGGGGUACCCCACAUCCAAACAUGGCCUUUUUGGGCGGCAAGAACCGGAGGGCAGACACUGCAGAGCUCGCUAAUGUCAGCCCUUCAUCAUUCCCCCUUCACCAUUCUUCUUUUCUUCCAAACCCCUUUUCAAUCGACAAAGUUUUCUCAGUAUAUAACCAAUGCGAUUCCACCAUCGCCAUUCCUAUUCAAACUGUAUCGCUGUUCAAAAUCAUCCGAUUCUGAGCCCAAGGGAUGAGGGUCUGUGCUUGAUUUUCGUUCUGUUUUUGUUUUGUUUUAAUGUGUGAUUUGAUAUUGAAGAAUGAGAAAUUUUCAUAAUCUGGAACUCGCCGCCGUGAGUUUUUGCAAUGCUCUUCUUCUGCCAUUAGUUCAAGGCUCGGCACAUGAAGGGCUGCAGAAAGCUAGGGGUCAGAGGAGCAUUGGAGACGGGCAUGAGAGGCUGAGCCAUCAAAAGAGAUUUGACAUUCAACUCCAUGGAUUGCUCCUCUGGGCUUCAAUGGGGUUUCUGAUGCCUGUUGGGAUUCUUGCAAUUAGAAUGUCUGGUCGGCUGGCUCGUGGGUCGACUCAGUUAAAGGUCUUCUUCUACCUCCAUGUUGUUCUGCAGACAUUAUCCCUCCUCCUGGCCACAGCUGGAGCUAUCAUGUCCCUCAGAAAUUUUGAGAACUUAUUCAAUAAUAACCACCAAAGAAUAGGUUUAGCACUUUACAUAGCCAUAUGGGCACAGGCAGUGAUGGGCACUUUCAGGCCUCAAAGGGGAAAGAAAGAAAGAAGUGUGUGGUUUCUCAUUCAUUGGAUUCUUGGAACAAUAGUUUCUCUAGUGGGAAUCAUCAAUAUCUACACUGGCUUGAAUGCCUACCAUAAGAAAACUUCAAAAAGCAUUGGAUUAUGGAAUGUUCUCUUCACUGCAGAGAUCUCUUUUAUUGGUUUCUUUUAUCUGUUUCAAGAUAAAUGGGAGUUUUUGCAGAAGCAAGGGGUUAUUUUAGGGGAGCCUGAAGCAAUGUCACCUUCUGAUGAACAAGUAGUAGAAACUCAAACUCAAAGGCAAAACCCCAAGGAACUGUUGGCUCAUCCUUGUACCAAACAAAAUGCACUCAGAAACUUGUUUGACUAAAAUAGGUUCUUUUUUUCUUUUUUUUUUUUCAGUUUUUCUUAGUAUUAUGUUUACAUGUUCUUUCUGACUGAAAUUUUCCACUCUAUUUUUGAUGUCUGCACUUUGUGCUACUGAAAUCUGAUCCUCUGGGGGAAGAAUAUGCUGAUAAGUGCAUUCAUCAAAAAGAGCAUCUUCCACUAGUUUCUUAACCCAAAACCAAUUCCUAGUGGUUAAAGUUUCUGCCCCCAAAAUAUAUGUUAUUUUGAUUUAAAUUUUAUUUUGUAA